GCGACAAAAAAAGAAGCUGAAGAAAAAAAUAACGACUUACCCGACGAUCACAUAAAGGUUGCUAGAAUAGGAGGCGCCAAAGAAACAUACCCAGUUGGACCUUACUGCGAAGAAGUUGGAGUUAAGGAGGUUAAAAAAAAGAAAGAAAUCAGAGUCGAAAAGGAAGAGGCUGGAGUUGAAAAGGACAAAGAAAAAGAAGUUGAAGUUAAAAGAGAAGAAAAGGAAGAAACUAAAGAAAAAAAAGAGAAAACUGAUGAAGAUGAAGAAGAUAACGAUGAUAACGAUAAGACGAUUGUAGACGAAGAAGACGAUGAAAAGAAAGAAGACGUAGAAGAACUUACCAAAAAAAGUAAAGACCUGGAUUACGCCUUAUGGGAAUGGCGUUGGAAACGUGCGGAAGACGGCGAUUCGAAAGAACAAUUCGAUCCUGGUGGGUUUGACCGAAGCAGAAUAAUAGUGGAAAAGGAUUUGAAAAAAGCUAAUGAAAAGUGGAAGAAAAAAGUUAGAGUAUUUUUAGGUGAGAACAAGUGUGAUUUUGAUGAAAAUAAGAGGGAAGAAUUCGUACCACCUUGA